CACACACACACACACACAAACUAUCUCUCCCUCUCCCACUCACUCUCUGUCUCCCUCUCUCCCCUGUUCUCCUGGAAGAGGGAUUCUUUAUCAAACUGCAUCAGACUAUUCUCCACUGGAGGGCGAAUUCUACAAGAGGAACAGGGCGAAUUGGAAGGAAUACAGUCGGAGCGAAGGGGUAGAGGCAACAGCAGCUGGAAGCAAGAGAGACAGAGAAAAUCCCGGCCCGAUCCCUGCAAGCAUCAUUCUCGCCACCGGAUUAAAUCCGUCCCCUCCUCGCACGCCAAACCACGCCAAGACAUGAGCUUCUCCUGCCGGGGUUACUUCAUGUUGAACUGAGCCGUCCUGAGUCUCCAGCGCGUCUCUUCCCUUGGUUUAAUCUCCCUCUGUGUGUCACCCGAACCCGUGAGCAGCCAUGACAAAGUCCUAUGAGUUCAACUGGCAGAAGCACCUGCCGGAGUUCAUGCAGGAAGGCGCUGCCUUCGACCGAUUCGACGAGGACCCGUUCGUCUUCGAGCCCAACUGCCAGAUGAGAGUCGAUGAGUUUGGCUUUUUCAUCACCUGGAAGAGUGAGGGCAAGGAGGGCCAGGUUCUAGAAUGCUCCCUCAUCAACAGUAUUCGAGUCGGAUCUGUGCCAAAGGACCCUAAGAUCCUGUCUGCGUUCGAGGCGGUGGGCAAGACGGAGCCGGACCUGGAGGGCUGUGUGAUCUGCAUCUGCAGCGGCACCGACCUGGUCAACCUCAGCUUCAUGUUCCUGGUGGCAGAGACCCCCGAAACAGCCCGGAAAUGGACGGAGGGGCUGCGGUCGGUUAUUCACAACUUCAAGGCCAACAACGUUUGUCCGAUGACCUGCCUGAAGAAACAUUGGAUGAGGAUGUGCUUUCUGACCAACGUGAACGCAAAGAUCCCAGUGAGAGGCAUCACUCGGACCUUUGCGUCGGGAAAGACAGAGAAGGGAAUCUUCCAGGCCCUGAAGGAGCUGGGCCUGCCCAGCGGAAAGAAUGACGAGAUCGAGCCGAAUGUGUUCACCUUCGACAUCUUCUACGCACUCACCCAGAAGAUCUGCCCUCGCACGGACAUCGAGGAACUCUUCACCAAAAUCAAUGGGAACACAAGUGAUUUUUUAACCGUAGACCAGUUAGUCAGCUUUCUGAAUGAAAACCAGCGCGACCCCAGGUUAAACGAGAUCCUGUUUCCGUUCUACGACCCCAAGAGAGCCACGCAGAUCAUUGAGAAGUAUGAGCGGGAUGAGGAACUGAAGAAGAAAGUCCGCAUCUCGUUGGACGGCUUCUGUCGCUACCUGAUGUCGGACGAGAACGCGCCGGUGUUCCUGGACCGGCUGGAGCUGUACCAGGACAUGGACCAGUCCCUGGCGCACUACUUCAUCAGCUCCUCCCACAACACCUACCUGACCGGCCGGCAGUUCGGCGGGAAGUCGUCUGUGGAGAUGUAUCGCCAGGUGCUGCUGUCUGGCUGCAGAUGUGUGGAGCUGGACUGCUGGGACGGUAAAGGAGAGGACCAAGAGCCGAUCAUCACUCACGGCAAGGCCAUGUGCACAGAUAUCCUGUUCAAGGAUGUGAUCCAAGCAAUUAGGGACACGGCGUUUGUCACCUCAGAAUACCCUGUCAUCCUGUCCUUUGAAAACCACUGCAGUAAACCACAACAGUAUAAGAUGGCCAAGUAUUGUGAGGAGACUUUCGGGGAGUUACUCCUCAGGCUGCCACUAGAGGGCUUCCCGAUUGAAGCGGGACGACCUUUACCUUCCCCGAACGACCUGAAACGCAAAAUCCUCAUCAAAAACAAACGCUUGAAACCGGAAGUGGAGCAGAAACAGCUGGAGUCCUUUAAGAAGCACAUGGAUGCAGGAGAGACCAACAUCCCGGCCAUCAUACUGGGGGAGGAGAACGAGGAGGAUGUGGAGAACGGAGAGAAAGAGCCAGAAGACAAGGAUGUGAACUCGGAGGCCCCCAGCAGCCUAUCAGAGGAGCCCAGUGAGAAAGCAGAGAGCAACAGCAUCUCCCAAAACCACACGUUUGGCUCCCAGAAGACUGAGGAGCAUGUCAACAGCAUAAAGAAGGUGGCCGAGGAUGAGGUAACAGAGAUGUCUGAGGCGACAGAUGCUACCGACCUCUCAGAAGCAUCCGACCUGGAGAACAAAAAGGCUGGAGAAGCAGCAGAGGACUCUGAGGAGGCUCUGAUAGCACAGUACACAUAUGUAGGAGCCACCACUAACAUCCACCCUUACCUCUCCGCCAUGGUCAACUACGCACAGCCCGUCAAGUUCCAGAGCUUCGACUCGGCCGAGGAGAGGAACAUCCACCACAACAUGUCCUCCUUCAACGAGUCCGUCGGCCUGGGUUACCUGAAGACCAACGCCAUUGAGUUCGUCAACUACAACAAGCGGCAGAUGAGCCGGAUCUACCCUAAAGGCGGCCGCGUGGACUCCAGUAACUACAUGCCUCAGAUCUUCUGGAACGCCGGCUGUCAGAUGGUCUCGCUCAACUUCCAGACCCCAGAUCUGGCCAUGCAGUUGAACCAGGGAAAGUUUGAGUACAACGGCUCCUGCGGGUACCUGCAGAAGCCUGACUUCAUGCGGCGGUCCGACAGGAUGUUCGACCCCUUCUCGGAGACCCCGGUGGACGGGGUGAUCGCGGCCCACUGCAGCGUCCAGGUGUUUUCAGGCCAGUUCCUAUCGGACAAGAAGAUCGGGACGUACGUGGAGGUGGACAUGUACGGCCUGCCCACCGACACCAUCCGCAAGGAGUUCCGCACGCGCAUGGUGAUGAACAACGGGCUGAACCCCUUCUACAAUGAGGAGCCCUUCGUCUUCCGCAAGGUGAUCCUGCCCGACCUGGCGGUGCUGCGCUUCGCCGUCUACGACGACAACAACAAGCUGAUUGGCCAGCGCAUCCUGCCCCUGGACGGCCUGCAGGCGGGCUACCGCCACGUCUCCCUGAGGAACGAGGGCAACAAGCCCCUCUCCCUGCCCACCAUCUUCUGCCAGAUCAUCCUCCGCACCUACGUGCCCGACGGCUUCGGGGCUAUCGUGGACGCCCUGUCGGACCCAAAGAAGUUCCUGACAAUCGCAGAGAAGAGAGCGGACCAGAUGAAGGCCCUGGGCAUUGAUACGAACGACAUCGCGGACGUGCCCAGCGGGAGCUCCAAGAACGACAAGAAGGGGAAGGGCAAGGGGGACACGGUGAAGACCAGCGUCAGCCCCCAGGCCAGCUCCGACAUGGCCCAGACCUCCACCGCCGCACAGAACAACACGGCCGAGGCCCGGAGAGAUACAGCUGCCCUGGUGCCUAACGUUAGCAUCGACGACCUGAAACAGAUGAAGACGUAUGUGAAGCUGAUGAAGAAACAACAGAAGGAGCUCAGCUCUUUAAAGAAGAAGCACGUGAAGGAUCAGAACGUCAUGCAGAAGUCCCACUGCACCCAGGUGGACAAAAUGGUGUCCCAGCACGAGAAAGACAAGACAACGCUAGAGAAACUCCUGGACAAAGCCAUCAAGAAACGAGGGGAAAACCACUGCCAGGAGCUGAAGAAGGAGACGGAGGAUAAGGUCCAGACGCUAACUACUGACCACAAAGCUAAGGUGAAGGACAUCACGGCACAGCACACCAAGGAGUGGUCGGAGCUGACCAGCGGCCACAGCAGCGAGGCCCAGGAGAUGAGGGACGGCCACGUGGGCCAGCAGUGUGAGCACCUCAAGAAGCUGCUGGCCAGCGUGCAGGAGCAGCAGACGGCCCAGCUCAAGGUCGUCCAUGAACGGCAGAGCAAAGAGAUGCGAGCCAACCAGGCCAAGAUGUCAAUGGAGAACAGUAAAGCCAUCAGCCAGGACAAGAGCAUCAAAAACAAAGCCGAGAGAGAAAGGAGAGUGAGGGAGCUGAACAGCAGCAACACAAAGAAGUUCCUGGAUGAGAGAAAAAGGCUGGCCAUGAAGCAGCAGAAGGAGAUGGAACAGCUGGAGAAGAACCAGAGGGAGCAGGUGGACAAACUGGACAAGUUCAACGAGCAGGCCAAGGACAUGCAGCAGAUGGUGAAGUUGGAGGAGGAGAUGGACCAUCGCCGACCAGCAACAGUGGUGUGAGCGUCCAAGACUAAGAGACACUUGAGAGAGAGAGAGAGAGAGAGAGAGAAAGAAAAAGCGAGAGACACACACACACACACACACACACACACACACACACACACAGAUGCACACGUAGAUGCAUGCGUCCUCCACCCAUCACACACUGGUCCCACACACUCUCUUCAUAUUUCUGUGCCAUAAACCAGACAGCUAUCGGCCACCGCCCUUGAGGUAGCAAAUGUACGCCGUCACGAGAUACACACAAAACAACAGUAAAUUUCACGGCCCUGUGUUCAUCGCAGUCGCACAUAUCGUAAUGCGACCCCCCCCCCCCCCCCCCCCCCCCCCUUCAUUAUCCAGCAGUUUGGCCCCGCCCCAAUGUGGAGAGCCACCCAGUAGCUUUGGAGAAUAAACCAACCGAGCCUCCAGGACGCAACAGCUUGCAUCUGAUUGGCUGACAGGUAUCCAGCCUUGAGAAAUAGCGUUCGAUGGCUGCGUAUGGAGUCUAGUUUCCCGUGAGGUGUUUUGCUAAACGUGGAGCCACCCUUUAAUAUCUUCGAGCCGCACUACUGGUGUUCUUUGGAUCGGCAUAUGGUGUGUUCAGUCACUGAAAUCAAAGACUGAAUACAUAGUAUGUGAGAUCCAAAGAGACACACGCAAACACACACACACACACACACACACACACACACACACACACACACACACACACACACACACACACGCAAACACACACACACACACA